CAACAGAUCCAUCCUCCAUCCUUCCCUCGUUGUCGCAAGAUCAUCCAUGUUCCAUCCAAGCAUGCUGCAUCCUGCAAGUCAGUUCCACUGCAGAGGGUUUCCUGCAUCAAGGGUAACAGCAAUUCUGCCACGAUGGAAGCUCGACGCAUCAUGUUCGACGCCGUACACUAUGAGGUCCAUGACGCGCAGGAAAUUUCAUUGGCUCGACGAAGAGGACAAGGCUGAAAUGAUGCUCUGACGUUGCAGCUGAUGCCAAGGCUAGCCUCAACAUCCUCAAGGUGACUUACCCCUCUUCAUCACCCCGUCACACCGAUUCAGGGGUUUCCGAGAGUGAGUUGUGUGCAUAAAUCUCUCUUUGACAUUCGUGGUGACCAUGCAUGGAUCGCGAUCGCACUAUGACUAUACCGUGGCAUGGAUCAGCGCGCUGCCGCUGGAGAUGGCCGCCGCGACACAGAUGUUCGACCAAUUCCACGACCGACUGCCUCAGCCAUUGACCGAUACAAACACCUACACGCUGGGCAGUAUCUGCGGUCACAAUGUGGUUCUGGCAUGUCUUCCGUCCGGUGUCUAUGGUACUACUUCGGCUGCUACAGUCGUCGCUCAAAUGCGCUCGACCUUCCCUAGGCUCCAAUACGGGCUGCUGGUGGGGAUCGGGGGAGGCGCGCCCAGCGAGAAAGUUGAUAUACGGCUAGGCGAUGUGGUGGUUAGCAAGCCCACACGCACCUACGGCGGUGUAGUGCAAUACGACUACGGCAAAACUGUGGCUGGCGGGCUGUUUGAGCAGAGCGGAAUGCUCAACAGGCCUCCGGAAAUACUACUUACCGCGACGUCGAAGCUACAGGCAGAGCUCCACCACCAUGAGAACCCGGUCUCUAACUUGCUCCUGAAGCGAUCCCGGGCAGAUGGAGGAAUUGGCUUUGGUUUCUCCUAUCCAGGCCAAGGGCGCGACCUUCUGUUUGAGCCGUCGUAUGCCCAUGUGGGUUCAGAUGAUGCAUGCCAGAACUGUGAUACACGCCAUUUGGUUCCCAGAACAGCCCGUGGAUCGGACGAGCCUAAGAUUCACUAUGGUUUGAUUGCAUCCGCAAACCAGGUUAUGAAGGACGGCCCAACACGCGACAUGCUGACUCGGAACCUCGGUAUUUUAUGCUUUGAGAUGGAAGCAGCUGGCCUGAUGAAUCAUCUUCCCUCCAUUGUGAUUCGGGGCAUUUGCGACUAUGCUGACUCCCACAAACAUAAGGAUUGGCAGCCUUAUGCAGCACUAACGGCAGCUGCUUAUGGCCGUUUACUCCUAUCGGCCGUCCCUAUUCCGUCUUCGGAGAAGCACGAUCGAGUUCCCACGACGGAGGAAAAGGAAUGUUUAGAAAAGCUUUUCCUGACCGACCCCGGAGACGACCUAAAUGCGCUCAAGCGUAGGAAAGGAGGUCGCGCUCCUGGGACGUGUGAGUGGGUUCUGGAAUCACCAGAAAUUAGGCAAUGGCUUGGGAAGGAAAGUCCGGCUGCAGGGCACGGAUCGAAUAUUUUGUGGCUUCACGGCAAUCCGGGAACGGGCAAAUCAACGAUGGCUAUCACCCUCGCUGAAAAGCUACCCGAAGACCCCUUAUUUGCACGUGAAGAGGUCAUACUUGCAUACUUCUUUUGCGACUCGAGUUCUGAGAAGCACAGAACUGCCACGGCUGUAUUGCGUGGCUUGCUUUAUCAAACAAUCCAGAAGCGUCCAUCAUCACUGGGAUACCUUGUGUCAAAGUAUCGCGGCCACAGGGAUCAGCUAUUCUCCUCCUUUGAUGCUUUGUGGUCAGUAUUGAUGGAAAUCGGUAAUAGCAGCGGAUUGGAACUGUACUGUAUCAUUGAUGCCUUGGACGAAUGCGACGACGAAGCGCUGGAAUCUCUGCUGAUACAGCUGAAUCGAAGCUUUCAGCACGGCAAUGCCCGGAACAAUCAUUGCGGAAUUCACAUCUUGAUAGGAAGCCGUCCGUAUGAAGAAAUCAGAAUACAUUUGCACGAGUUUCCGAAUCAAGAUCUUGCGUCUUAUCCUCAGGUCAGCAACGAUCUUGCAAUCUUCAUCGAGCAGAAGGUCGAAGAGUUGAGCAUGAAAAAGCACUACUCUGCCAAUGUUCGCCGCAAUGUCGCCGCAAUCUUGAAUGAUAGGGCCGAGGGAACCUUCCUAUGGGCUGGUUUGGCAUGUGGCGAAUUAAUCAGAGUUCGAUCGAAGGAUGCAGUCGCGACACUAGAGAAAUUACCGAGUGGCCUUAGUUCAAUGUACAAAAAGAUGCUUGACGUUGCCGUUGAAGAUCGCCAAGAGGACAAAAGUACGAUCAUUCAGUUAUUGUCCACCAUUGUGAUUGCCCGUCGCCCAUUGACUCUGUUAGAGCUAGCGGAAGCUUGCAAUCUCUAUGAAGCCGAUGACCCUGAGGAUCGAGUCGCAUAUGUUCGUGAGGAUGUUUUCGACUGUCGCCUACUGGUUGUUAUUCACGAUGACAGGGUGAUGCUCCUCCACAAAUCCGUCAAGGACUUCUUAACCCAUUCUCGGGGUGUCCCUGUCAUCAAUGAGCAGCUAGCUCACGCGGAAUUCGUUAGUUGUUGCAUUGAUGUGCUGACGCGGGAUUUGGAUGCUGAAAGAUCGGUAAUGGCUUCAAUCCUGGAGAAUGCUAUGGGCGACCGUUCGUUCCUAGUUUAUUGCGUGCAAUACUGGCCUGAGCAUGCUCAUUUGGCAGGAGCCGAAUUCAGAAUUCAGGAACGCCACGGGGCCUUCUUCGAACUAGAUUCUCCAGCACGAGAGAGAUGGUUAAACAUUUUUCGAUUAUUCGAUCUGUCCAUUGCCUCUGUUCCAUUGAAGUUCUCCAUUUUUCACAUGGCGGCGAGAUGGGGUAUUCCUGCCCUCAUUUCCCAUGCGCUUUCAACGCAGAUUCUGUGUGCGCCAGGCAACACAGAAGCGGAAAAGCUCCCUCUGCCGCAGGAUCAUCUUAUCAAUGCACGUUGUUCGAAUGGAACCACGCCGCUCAAAGAGAGUGCUACCCGGGGCCAUCUCGACGUAUUCGGCGUUCUGCUGGAUUUGACCGAUGGCCCAACGCUGCCCGAUGAAGCCAUCGCCGCGGCAAUUCAUAAUCGGCGGAGAGGAGCGGGUCUUGUCAAGCUUCUCAUUGACAGAGGAAGACUACAAGCUAUGCCUGAGCCAUGUAUAACGACAGCUUCCACCGAAACCUGGGAUUUGCUGCUGGAUUACUUUAGCCUCGAAUUCCCUGUUUCUGAAGACAUGCUUCGAGGACUUUGCUAUCGUGAAAAUGGCACCGAUGUAUUGAGCGCAAUAUCAAGAAAGCUGCAACGGCAAUUACCAGUCACCAAGGAAGUUCUUAUGGUCGGAGCCUUAUACAGAGACGCAAGGUUUGUGGAGUUACUGCUGAAUGACGUCGAAGAAAGGAUUUCAAUCUGUGAAGAGUUCAUCUUUUGCGCUUUGGGGAAUAGGAAGCAUGCACCAGAGCUACUGUUGUUUAUAAUGGAUCGAACUGACAGCUCACUCCCAAUCACCGAGGAAACACUUGCUUUGGCAGCCGGUAAUCAUUGGGACAGCGUACGAAUGCUUCUGAUUGAUUUGAUGAUCAAACACGGCCGGGAGGAUCUCGUUUUGACCGAGGAGCUUGUCGAAACCUCUGCGUGGUAUUUCAACGCGAGUGAUGAAGCCAUAACCUUCUUAUUGGAGCAGUUCGGCGAUAAGACACCUCUUUCAGAGCAAGCACUUGUCUUUCUGUUGCUCAAUGUAUCCAACAGAAAGCGUACUGUGGCGCGCUUUCUCGAGCGGCGGCCAUAUGCAAUUUUGAGGUCGCCGACGAUGCUCAAAGCUGCCGCUGCAGGGACUAAUCGGCAAAUCGUCGGAAGGAUCCUUGAGUCUUAUCCGUUCGAGAUCACGGACGAGAUCGUUGAAGCAGCAAUAGGACAUUCUUCAGAUGCGAAAGAUAUCUUUUGCAUGCUUCUUGCCAGAAGCGGACGUCACAUUACUGAGAGAAUGAUUCAGAUUGCGUGCAUAAGAGGGGUUGAGAUCCUUCCAUUUUUUCUUGACGAGACCAGAGACAGGAUUUCAAUUAGCACCGACACACUAUUUGCCGCUUUGUAUGGAAGUUGUUUAGAACCUGAACGGCGGCUUUCCCUUAUAUUGGAGCGAUUCGGAGAUCAGAUAAAAAUCACUGAAACCAUUGUCGCAGCCACGAUCCAAACUUCUCGUAACAAUCUAUUCAUUGCAAAGUUACUGAGCCGUCUCGAUAGCGCGACGCCUCUCACUGAGACGGUGCUAGUCGCCGCGGCAAAAAGUGUGCUGCCUGUACUUGAGCUCAUUGAGCUUUUCAAUCGUCUUCUGAGGCUGAUCGGGGAUGACGAGGUCAUUACAGAACGGACAUUUGUCGCUGCGGCCGGCAACGGAUUGGAAGGUGCAUCGAUAAUACAGCUGCUACUCAGUCGUAGGAGUGAUUUCGAGAUUACAGAAUCAGUGAGCGAGGCAGCAGUGUUCAAAUACGACUCACUCUUGGGCGACGUACCAAUCGACACAGUCCCUAUCACCGAGGAGGUUCUGCUGGCGGCCACACGGAACCUUCGGGAUAGGUAUAGCAUUUUCAGAUUACUAGUCAGGGAAAGGUUCGACUCGGUGCGCGCUUGUCUCACCCAGAGACUUUUGCUCACUAUCGCGGCGAGUGGGGAUAUGAUGAUUCUGUCACUCCUGGAAAGGAGGUUUGGAACCGUAAUCACAAAUGAAUUGCGCUCGAUCUGUCGCCUGUAUAUUGGCGCCCGAGAUGGCAAUAGCCGUGUGGUACAAUCCCUCCUUCGUCAAGAUGUACCGCCAGAUACACGAAGCGCCAGAGGAGAGACUCCCCUUUGGAUGGCCGGAAAGUCCGCCUAUGCUUUAGCAAAGGAGAAGUCAUACCUGCGUAUGACGGCUAUCAUGAGAGAAUAUGGGGCUAAGUAA